AUGUUUUAUUCGGAGAACCUGUUGUCUAAGACUGGGCCUUUGGCUCGAGUCUGGCUGUCGGCCAACCUCGAAAAGAAACUGUCCAAGUCGCAUGUUCUACAGUCAGACAUUCAGAGCAGUGUCGGUGCCAUCGUCGACCAAGGUCAAGCGCCAAUGGCCCUUCGAUUAAGUGCUCAACUACUCCUGGGCGUGGCUUUCCGAAUAUCGAACAAUAAUGAUCUACCUACCUCGAUGGUUGUCCCAGGUGGUCUUGAGCUACCCGAUGUUCUGACUGAGGCCGAUAUCUUUACGAAUUUUGAUAUGUCUGCACUCUUUUCACAGCCGCUAGAUCUUGGAGGACCUAAUGACAAGAGACAAGAUUUUGGGAUGGAUUGGAGCAGCACACUAAAUCCAGAGACUAGUACCCAGUCACGGCUUACCCCCGAAGAUCGACCACAGCUGGAGGACGAUACUGGACUUGAACUAGACCUCGGCGAAGAUCUCCCACUCGGUGAUAAUAAUGACACGAGUAUCAGUGUUGAGGUUGGAAGGAAUGCGCCUCCGUCGAGGCCGGUUGGUGCAGAUAUGUUUAGUGAUGAUAACAAGCUACUGGAUGGUGAUGAUUUAGACCUUGAUCUGGGUGAGGAUGUGCCCAUGCCCGACGGACCAAGCCUGCAAGCAACGACGGCUCAUGACAACAUUGACAACUUUCUUGGCCAGGACAAUAGCAUUGGCUUUGGAGGCGAUGAUACAAUAGGACUGCAGGGCGAAAAUGACGAACAGCGCCAACGCGAAUCACAAUCACCGUUGUCAGAAGCACCAUCAGAUCUUGUUCGCCAGCUCGAUCAAACCUUUGCAAAUGAGGAGGAGGCUGAGGAAGAAGUUGCUGCCCGCCAACCACAGCGCAGCAAAAAGCGAAAAGCACUGGUCCCAGAUGUACAGACAGUGCUUAAGAGCCAGCAGAUAAAGGACCAGCAAGCAGAUCGUUCCAAAAUCCUGAAGCCUGCGUCAUUUCUCCCCAAAGAUCCGGUCCUGCUAAGCUUGAUGAAUAUGCAGAAAAAUGGCGAAUUUGUGUCAAACAUCAUGGGAGAGGGCAGAUCGCGGGGCUGGGCGCCAGAGCUUCGCGGUAUUCUCUCGAUUGAUGUUAUCAGAGGUCCCCCAGAUCUUAAAAGAAAACGAGAUAGCGGCAUUGCGGAUGUGAGCGGAGACGAGCACGCUGAUAAAGUUCCAAGACUAGAAUUUGGAGAAGACGAGCUCCCGGUGGAUGAAGGCAUUGCCAUUGGUGGAGACUCUACUUUGAACCAGGACCAGACGCAGAUUGAGUUACCGGCUGACGACGGAGUAAGACCCGUCAUGAGCGAUCCUGCCGAGCCAGAAAAUGCUCGCAGCCCGAAUGACGGCGAAGACGAAGGGAUUGGUGGUGGCGAUUAUGAUCAUUUCGACGACACCACUGUUCCGCUACUACAUCCAGCAGACAGCGGCCCAGUAUCGCUGGGCACGAAGCAUGCUGUGCAUCUCCUUCGAGACCGCUUUGGUGGCGAGAAUGCGGACGGUAGCCCAGCAUCUCAGGCCAAGAAAUCUGUCCUCUUUCAGGACUUGCUGCCAGAAGGACGCGCAAGCAAGGAGGAUGCCACGAAGAUGUUCUUCGAAAUGCUGGUUUUGGCCACCAAGGACGCGGUGAAGAUGGAUCAGAGCGACAAAAGUAUUGGCGGUCCAAUACGAAUACGAGGCAAGCGAGGUCUUUGGGGUUCUUGGGCAGAAACGGAGAAUACCGAAGCGGAUGCUUCUGGGGGUACUGCUGUUCCAGCUGCUUGA